GCCUGGCGGCGAGGCGGGCGGGAGGCAUGUGCAGCAGUAUCAUGGACGCUCACCUCAUGUGCACACGCGGUUUCAUGUUGCGCUAGUCCUGAUAUUGCAUUUGAGGAUCUCUUAUGCCGAUGGUGUUGUGACUUGCUUGAGAAGGCUUUUGCUUUUCGGAGAGAGGGAAUAGAUGUUUCGUUUAUUGUUCUCGUUUUUUCACUCUCGAAAAGUUUUCACGAGUGUCAUGUGUUUUUUGAGAAGGGGCGGUUGUUUGCAACAUUGAGAUUUGUUGCAAUGCAAUAUUAGAAAAAAUUGGAAUGAUUUUGAGUUGUUAUAUACUCCAUUAAUUAGAUAGAAGUACUUACCAUUUUAAUUGUUCGUGCAAUCUGACAUUGCAAACCAAUUGCACAUAUUGCACCAUCGUGAAUAUUGCAAUAUAAACCGUCCUGCUCCCUCUAGUGCGUAUUUUGAAAGCCAAUAAAACAAAAAACCUCAAAGAUGUCGCUCCCAACAAGACGCCAGCGAGGGAUCAAGCAGACGACCGUGGCACUGCUGUUGGCACUGCUGUCAGGGGUGGCACGGGGCUCUUCCAGCAUCAGCAACAGCAUCACCGUGGCAUCGUGCCGUGCCGCGUGCCUACAUGUGUUCACGGCACCGAGAGAGGACAGGGACACCAAAUGUCGCCAGAAUUCCGACUGCUUCAUGUGUUGGAACUCCUGCGGCAUCCUGCGACACCAGAUGGACGCCUGGACUACGAUGUGCAAAGAUCACACCGUCUGUUUCCCAGGAUGCCAGAUCGCCUGUGGCUUCUACUUGGACGGUCCACCUACCAAAAGGGGCGUUCCGGUGCCUCCCUCAGACACGCCCCCCGUGCCCCUCCCCGCCUAUUUGCCAGCCCCGACAGUCAAUGGGCGGAGCCAGGUUACGUGGGCGGCUCCUGAUUGGUCCGGGAGCGGCGCCCCCACCCCCGGAGAUGACGUCAUCUACGUCCUGUUGAAGGACAGUGGCAGCGGAUGGCGGGAAAUUUUGCAGACCUCGGCGAGGCAGGCCACCCUCCCGCAGGCGCCGGAGUCCCCGAGGGCGAGGCUGAGGCUCCUGGCCGUGACGCAGGAGGGGCUGGUGGCGGCGUCGGAGGGGCAGGUCGAGGCGGCGAGUCAGAGGAGGAGAGGGCAGGCGCAGAACUAUGAUGUGGAAGCCUUCCACGCGGAGCCUCCUUUGGCACUGCCGAACAGGGACAUCGUCGGCCACAGCGGUUCACCUCAAGACGGCGGCCACGAGGCAGCCCCGGAAACCCACGGAGCCACGCAUGAAUUCCUCUCCGAUUCCUCCACGGCGUAUUCGCACGAGUACCCGAACCAAGCGACGGAAAUCGUUUCGCUGGAUCCUACAUGGACGAUUGAAGUUCUUGGAGUCCAUCUGGGUCCCUUGGCCGAGGUCUCUGUGGGAUGGAGUCCACGGGGUUCGGGGGGUGUCGAGUACCUUGUGUCUUGGGUCGAGGAGUCUGGCUCGGUCUCAGGUCACCUUCUCACGGACCAGGUCACGAGCGAACUCUCUCUGUGGCCGGGGCAGGCAUAUUACAUACAGGUAGAGUUGAUUGACAGCCAAGGAAACCCAGUUCUAAGAAGUCUCGCCACACCAGUCAGGUUUGCCAAGACUUCGACCGAGGCAGAUGAAGAACAUACAGAGACAAUUGCUGAAGCAGAACGCCCUUAUUUGCCCACGACGGACGUGACCAUGUUGACCCACACCGCUCCCGCUGAAGUUCGAGUUUGGGAGCCUUCUACGGAAGAAAUAGAUCGACUCACCGCUACCGCUGGGCUUCGAACUCGAAGUUCUACAGAAACCACAGACUGGGCCACUGAAAUGAAUGCAGAUCCUACAGAAGUUCAGUAUGUUCAGGACACGAACCUCAUACACCGGCAUGUAGAAUUGCUUAACAAUCAUCAAAACGUGUCCUCAGAGGAAAAAGAUGAGUACAUAAGCCAGAUCCUGCAAGAGAGGACCUACGAAAUCGUGGAUACGCGCACAAGCACCGACUUCGCGCAACGGGAGGAGGAGCUUUUACCCGAAGUCUCGGCCAAGGAGAUUCAGACCGACGCCGCCACCGACCGCGUAUCGGAAAUCCUGAUCUGGUGCGCCGGGGUGGGCAUCGGCAUGCUGCUCGUCCUCACCUUGUGCAGUAUGGUCAUCUGGCUCUUGGGUAGAUGUCGUCGAGGAGGCCCCAGGAACGAAGAAUGCCUCGAGGAAGGACUCAGCAGUUUGAGGAGCUCCUUCAGGACGGGCGGUGCCAAGCAGAACCAAAGAAAUCCAACGACCUCGUGGACAUUCGAGAACUUUUGCUCCACAGAGAGAAAGCCGAACCUGGUCAAUGGCAGAAAGGAGGCCGUGCCGUCCGGAAUAGACAAUGCUUCUCUAGUUGAAAAUUACGUCAUAAUGUUAGAGUCGCCUGCGAGUGGGAGUGAAGCAAAUCGCUAGUCACUGUUUGCGUUCGUACAUUUGUUAAAACUAUAAAUAUGUAUAUGUGUAUGUAUUUAGAAAUAUGAUGGCUGCAUAUGGUACCUGCUUUACAGACUUGAAAUGUCUCCCAUCCCAAAAUAGUAUAUUUGUUAUUUUUUAUGCUUAUCUUGAAACUUGUGAACCAUGGAUUGCAUUCAGCGUAUUUCAUGUAUUAUACUAGAAAGCAGAUACGGUAUCCAUAUCGAAAGGUUUACCCCCAUUUUUUUUUUUUUUUUU